GAGGUGUGGGGCAGGCUAGAUAGUGGUGCAACUUGCAAAGAACAGGUCCGACGCACGCGCGGGGCAGAGCGACUGGCAAUGUUCGGCCACGGCCUACCACUCAGUGCACGCGCUGCCUCGCCGCCGCCAGCCUGCGUGGCUCUCGCAACGAAUAACGCACGAUUAUAACGAGAAUAAAUAAAAAAAAAUAACAUUAUCUUACGUCCUUCUGUUGUCAUACUUUUUUUCGCAUUCCAUGUUUGUGCUAUUACACUUAAAGGACUUUUACCAGUGCAAUAAAAGUGAAGUGUACAUAACUUGUGUAACCGAAGAAACAGAGAUCUGAUCUUUAAGGUGCGUGGGAGUGGUGUGGCGCGGGGGGGUGAUGCGAGGGGCGCGGGGGGUGGUGCGCCGGCGCCGGUAGCACCGACCAUGCUGGCUCCGAGCGUCCUCGCCGCCUGCCUGAUACUGCUCGCGAUACCAGCCAUCACGCUGGCGAACCCGCCCAACGGCAUAAAGGGUGAGCGUGCACCGUGCUCCAACGAAGGUGAAUCAGUAAGUCUCCAGGACGCCAGGCUCGACCAGGAUUGGAGCACCUGCUUCCGCUGCGUGUGUAAGAACGGGUUUGUGGACUGCUUUAAGGGUGCUGAAAAGUGCGGUUUGAUGGAAGACUGCGCUGUCAUCAUGCCACGUGAAGGUUGCUGCGCAAGAUGUAAGGGUUGUUGGUACAACGGGACAGAGCAUUCUUCGCACACUGAGUGGAACGAAGAUGGAAAAUUGCUUCGCUGCGAAGCAGGCGUGGUCACCAUCUCACGACCAGAGUGCUACGCGCCCUGCGAUAAUCCGAAGCAUCAGAGGCAUACACAUUAUAACUGCCCAGUUUGUGAAGAAUGUAUCAUAAAUGGCCAAAGAGUUUGGGAAGGCCGCGAUGUUCGGAUACCAGAAGAGCCAUGUUUAUCGUGUCGAUGUAUGCGGGGUGCCUUAUCCUGUACAAAGAAAGCUUGUCCAGUGCUUCCGUGUGUUAUUUCGCAGCAGUAUACUCCAAUUGGGGAAUGCUGUCCCCGAUGUUCUCAUCCAACAGCUGAUAAAAUUCUUCCAAUUUCGGGAUUUGCUCAGAAACCGUGUAUAAUUGGAAAGGAAUAUCACCUCAAUUCGAUCCCAUUUCGAGUGGAUCCUUGCACGGACUGUAUGUGCAUGAAUGGUACGGCGGUGUGCUCGCGUCACACAUGCCCAGUGCUAACAUGCGGAGCCCGUGCUUUACCACCGGCCCCCGGGAAAUGCUGUCCCGAAUGUCCACAAAUUGAAGAAGCGAAAGAAGCAUGUGUCAUUGGGGGAAAAAAAUAUCAGGACGGAGAAACGUGGCAAUUAGAUGCUUGUAAAUCCUGCGAGUGUCAUGGAGGAGAACCACGUUGUGCCAUGGAGCGAUGCCCAGUAUUAAGCUGCUCGCCGGAUCAGAUUCUUCGUCAGUUGCCGGGACAGUGCUGUUCAAAAUGCGUCGAUAUAGACGGAAUAUGCACUGUAUUUGGAGAUCCACACUAUAAAACAUUCGAUGGAAAAUUUUAUAGUUUUCAAGGAUCUUGCAAAUAUCAAUUGGUAUCCGAUUGCAAAAAUCACACAUUUUCAAUCAGAAUAUCCAAUGAUUCCAGAAAUACAUCACAUUCCUCGUGGACACGUACUGCCACCCUUCGCAUAGGGUCAACAAAAAUCAAUAUGGGUAAAAAGAUGCGUAUCAAAGUUAAUGGAAAGAGAAUAAGUCUUCCACAUAUAGUAAAAGGAAUAGCUGAGAUAGAUCGCAGUAACGGAUCGGUAUUACUAAAAUCCGAUAUUGGAGUGCAAAUGUUGUGGGAUGGUGAUGGAUUUUUGGAAGUUACUGUUUCAAGUUCGUAUAAAGGCAAGCUCUGUGGUCUAUGUGGUAAUUUUAAUUCAGUAGCCAGGGAUGACAUGAGAACUCGUGAUGGAAGACUAUUAAAUGAUACUUGGAAGUUCGGAUCGUCUUGGCGCGUGGGAGGUCAUCGAGCUUGUACAAGACGACAAGAAAGACCUUAUGGAAUUUCGAGAUGUCGACAAUCGAAACUUACUAAAGUCAGGCGUCUAUGUCGAGCAUUUGAUCGCCAUGAUGCGUUCUCAGCUUGUAGUGCCAAAGUAAAUCCCCACAAUUAUAAGGAAGCGUGUCUCCUAGAUGCGUGUAGUUGUACGGGUGUUCGGUGUCAUUGUGCUGCAUAUAGAGCUUAUGCUAGAGAAUGUUCACGUGUGGGAGCGGAACCUCAAAAUUGGCUUCGCGCUGCAUGGUGUGAGGGUCCCCCACCUCCUUGGCUCAAUCGAAGCCGCAAAGGCUUUGGUCGUUCCACGAAGCCCAAAGAUCAGAAUUUCUUAGACGUGGGUCUCUUACCGAAGCGAAAUAAUAGUCGUUCCCGGCCUCCACCUCCCAUUCUACAUUAAUCUAUAUGCGGUAACACAAUUACUAGUCAACCCUUCAUGUCUAGAAGUGUGAGUAUGUAACGGGAUGAGUUGAAAUUGGAUAUAACAUGGAUUGCUCCUAAAAGGAAUGAAGAUUUUAAGAAUAAAGAUCUAUUUACAUGAACAGUAUUCAUAAAGCUACUUGUAGUUAAUUAAACGAGCUAUUGUAUAUUACAUUGUAUAAUCCACUUAUAGCAUACGUUUACCUCGCAAGACGACCAGCAUUGACGUUUAUUGCUUUUUGUUUAUAGUGAUUUAUUAAUUAUGUCUGGUUGCAAAAUUAAUACAAAUUCACUGUUUUAACAGCAAUGUAUUUUUCUAACAUGAACUUACAAUAUUUUAUUUUAGACCGUCUUGGUCAUAUUAUGGCUAAUAAAAAGUACCUCUUCUUAACGUGGUAGAGGAUUUUUUAUAUAAAACUUUGUAUUCAAAACACUUAAACAAAAUGUGAUAAUAGGCUUUGAAUGUGACUUCAGAAGACGUUUGAUAACGUAGUUCAAAUAAAGAUCUCAUAUGUAGAUAGUUGUUUACAAAAUAUUAGAUCUAUCUGAAGCCAAGAAGCUAACGAGAUUAAAUGCAUCUUGUAAAUAUUGAUACGAAGUCUAAUUCAACGUUGUCUCGGAGAAUGGCUCGUUCGUUAUAAAUGAAAUGUAUACGUUUGGACGAGCGAAUAUUCCUAAUAUUAACAAAUAAUUUAUGACUACAUAAUUCAAUCUAUUCCACUAUACUUGUACGAUUAUUGUUUAGUAAUGUUAUUAUAAGACUUCACUUUUAAUUUAGUUGUUAUUUUGCGUUACCAAUGAAUUUUAAUUUUGACUUUGAGUUAUAAAGUUGUGCGUUAUUACCCGCGUUGUGUGCUCUGCCCUAUUUUUAUGUCUUCAAAACAAACGCAAUGUGCCAUUAAAUCGUCUUGAGAUCUUAAACUGACGCAGUUGAGAUUUGCCAAACUUUAUUAACUAGAAUUUUAUAUACUUUCAGAGUUCAAAGUGCAAUUAAGGUUACGGUUUGAUUAUGUGUUUAUUUUUUAAUUUUCCGCCUUGUGCAUUAAUUUACGUAUUUCAACUAUACAGAUGUAUCUCGGCCUUAAAUAAAACCUCUUGAUAAAAACAAACAAAAUACAGUACCAGUAAACUUUUAAAAAUGAAUUGAAUGUAUGGUAUGUAGCUUUCGCUAAAAAUAACUAGUAGGUACUUGGAUUUAUACGAUGGUCCAAAAUUUUUGCAUGUAUAUAAUUUUGGUGAUUUUAAACAAAAUUUACAGAAAUGAGGUUAACGCGAAUGGCUUACUAUAGUACUGGUUGUCAAAUUAAUUUCCAUUUUGUAUGUAUCUAAAUAUUCUGAAAUUUUAUAUAAUUUUAACAGGAAAUUAAUUAGUUAUUUUUUUUUGGGGAAAGUGAUUCUAUUUAUAACCAAAACUUUGGAUGUUAGCAAUUUCUAAUCAUUUUUUUAUGAAAUUUUUAUUUGCAUUCCCGUUAUCUUAAUUUCUCAUUAUUAUUUUAUAGGGGUCUACGUUUUAUGUAGGCUUUUAAGUAAGUUAUUUGAAAUUAUAUUAUUUUAGAAUAAGACAACAAUUUUCGCCAUAUUAAAGAUACAUGUUAUUAAUGUAUGAAACAAAACGGUUUUUUUUCACUUUGAGCAUUUCUUUCAGCGUAGGUGCUUUUUUAUGUAACAAUUGCUCUCUUAGUUUUUUUUUUUAUGUGUAUUUAAAUCACACUUUUACAUAUUAUGCUAGAAUUUUAUGAUUAUCUGUGUGAAAGAUUUCGAUGCACGAAAUAUACAUACACGUUGACAUCUUCAAUAACUAUUGUAUACCACGUACUUAGUCGUUUAAUAAACAUAUAUUUAUUGUACUCGAUAUAACAACAGCUUAUAGAAGUAAUUGAGACACGUCGCUGUGGCUGAAAAGAAACAUUCAACGAUCAAAGAUAAAACUAAUAAUAAAUGAGAUAUACUAA